UAUGUUAGCAUUCGAAAUUUCGCGAAUAUUGUAAAGGCAUCUGCGAGAAAGCGAAUGCGUGCGCAUGAUUCAUUCUCGAAUGGCUCGCUGUGAAUGCGGCCACGCGUGAUCGUGCGUGUCGUUCGAGCAAUCGCAAUGGUUGCAAUGGCAGUACGGAACUUGCUCGAUGAUCGCGGAGGAAAGGAAUCGACGGACGCAGAUGCAACCAUGUCUGAUUAAUACAUGAAACAUAUUGCGAUUUCGCUGCGCUAUUUCGCAUUCCGAGGUGUAUUCGCAGCUCCGAGUUUCUGGAAACACCGUUUUUCUCGAUAUGAAUAGCAAGAGAAAUAUACGGCGCAUUUAAUUAAACAUUCGGGCGGCCACGAGCGCUUGUACGUUACUGCGCUGUCAUCGAGGAAGGGCCCGAGACACCGUGUGUCACUCGCGCGAGCCUUGGCACGCGUGGCUGCGACAGUGGUGGUGGCAAACGAAGGCGACGAGGAGAGACGAUGCCCGUCGUGCGUCUUUGUGUGCCGCGCGAGUGCGAGAGACCUGCAGUGUCCCGUUGCGGGCUGGUCCGUGUUGUUCUCUCUUGCGCUGUUGAUGUGUUGGUAUCGUCAUAGCUAGUGCACAGAAGCGAGAGAGAAGGAGAGAUAGGAUUGACGGUGUGUGUACGUGAGAAACCGUCAUUCGCUCUACAGUUCUCUGUGUCAUGCCAUCGGAGCUGAAAAUAGACAAAUGAGCGACGAACUCAUCGUGCCUGUCGUCGGUGAUAGUUCCUGGUGCGUGUUCCUCGACGAUGUUUUCGCAUUGCUAAGAGCGUAGACUACUGGACAAGCAAUCACUUCGCGCUGCCAUCAUCUUCGAGAGAAGGAGGGAGAGAGAGAGAGAAAGAAAGAGAGAGAGAGAGAGAAAUGGAGGUGCUCAAGACGUCGUCCACGUCCCAAGAAAUCGUUCACGAAGGAUGGCUCAUCAAAUCGCCGCCCUCAAAGCUAUUUAGAGCGCGAUGGAGAAAGCGAUGGUUUGCUCUUCGUCACAGCGGCGAAUUGCCUGGUCAAUACUUUCUGGAGUAUUACACAGACAGACGCUGCCGUAAACUCAAAGGUCGUAUCGACCUGGAUCAAUGCGAACAGGUGGACGCGGGUCUCCGAUUCGAAAACCGCAAACAGAAGUACCAGUAUAUGUUCAAUGUUAAGACUCCUAAACGAAUUUAUUAUUUAGUAGCUGAGAAUGAAGCGGAUAUGAACAAGUGGGUGGACGCGGUGUGUCAAGUUUGCGGUCUGAAAGCGUACACUCAAGAUGAAGAACAACAAAUAUUUCAAUACGAGUCUCAGGAGUCUCCGCCAACCUCGCCCACCAGCACGAUCUCCGGUCCGUACAUUCCUAUUAGCGAAUGCAUUUCCGGUCGUCGACUCAAUGACACUAGCUCCUUGAAUUCCAUCCUUGGACAGGGUCCUGAGCACUACGACGCUCCGAGAAGAUUAGCACCCUCGCCACCCCGGUCGCCCACGACGACAGAUGCUGAAAGCGUUUUCACUGACGACGAAUGGACGACGCCUGUGCCCAGCGCAAAUUGGGAUACGCUUCCUUCGACGGGCGAUUCACGGCCAUCUCACGGCGCGGACGCCGAAAUUGGUUCGUGGAGUGUGAAAAAACGCUUCGGCAAACUGAGAAUCGUCGAUUCUGCGAUACCGCCGGCAAUAGAAAAGUUACCAGUCCCGCCUAGACCACCGAAACCGCCUCACAUGCUGCCCGAGAACCCCGGUCACAAUUAUUUGAACCUGGACGGUGCCACCGAGAGCUCGAAACCUACCACUCCAGCGACGCCGGCUCCGACAACGCCCGUCGCUACAACAGCUGCAGCAGGCGCCGUGACCGACGAGUCGUACGACUUUCCUAGAUCUCAUCAACCGCAAACGGCGGCUGAGAGCAACGCGGCGAUUGAUCAAUCGUCGAAGCACUUGUACUCGAACGCUGCGCCGAGCACCGUCAGCGAUGAAACCACGCAAAAUGUAUUCCGCUACGAUUUUCACGAAGACGAGCCGCCGAGUCCGCGCUCCGAGAGUUCGACUACAGCGACAUAUUCGAAUCUACCAAGCCCUCUCGUGCGGGAUAGCUCGAGCGCCGUGCCGACCACUAUGGCGCCUCCUCCUCCGAUGGUGUACAGAGAGCUGAAGCCGGGAAGAAAGACCAGCGAUUCAAUGUCCGUCAUCAGCAACGAGCCGUCUCCGAGUCCGACAAUAGCGGUGCACGAAGUGAGUUCAGCCGAGCAUUCUCCGGCCGAACCGCCGAGUAUCAACAGAAAGCUAAAGCCACCGUUGAAUAAAUCACCGGUAGAAGGACCUCAUUUGCAAUUGGCGUCCCCUCCUGGCAGAGGAAAAAUACGAGCAGCACCAAGUCCGACGCCCCCGUCGCAUGUACAUUCGACACGUCAUCAGUCGACGUCGGACGAAGACAAUAACGCGUUCGAUGAUAAAGAGGAGAUAUAUUAUUAUCAAGACCACAACACAUUCAUUCCGGCGUCCAAUCGCCGCUUAGUGGUAUUGCAAUACCUGGAUCUUGACUUUGAGACGGAAAACUUCGGCUCUUCAACGUUACCACCGGCGCAGUCGCCGCCGAAUUCGACACCGUACAAAACCGUGGACUUCCUUAAGACCGAAGCUUUUAAUCGCACUCGGCAGCGGGUGGAGGAAGAGAGAAAACUAUGCUCGGACGAAUUAGCGUAGAGAGGAAGUUUGUAUUAUAUAGAAGGUACCAUAGAUAGAUCAUAAAGUUGUUAAAUGAAUUAAGAAGUUUGAGUAAGGAAUUUUCUGCUAUGCGUUGUAUAGAUGAAAGAGAAGUAAGUCUUUCCUGUUGUAAGCAUUGGCAUAACGCGUUAGGGUUUGGUACUGCGCGAGGAAAAGUAUUCCUCUCGAAUGAAAGACUGCAACAUCAACGCAGUACUUACCGAAAGACAGCGUCUACUGCUUUUGCAAAGUAUGUCCUUUUAUCCUAUAUAUAGCGGCAGUCCGCUUCAGAAAUUGGCUAUGCAGUUAGAAGAGGCAAUCGGAUAUAGAAGCGUUGUAUAGCGAUAUAAACUGGACCAAAAAUGUAAUAGGUAUAUAAAGUGAACGGCAGAGCGACGAGCAAGAAGAUUGCUUGCAUUGAGAAAUUCCUUCGGACGAGAAAAUUUUUCAUUUAAAUAAGUGAAGUAUUAUCCAAAUUGUAAAGAUUCUUAUUUGGGUACAAUUAUGGUUUUACAUAUAUUAGUUUUAUAUAGUUAAAAUAGCGCGCGAGGCAUUUUCAUCGUCAACUACGUGCAACGAAUAAGUCUAUAGUAUUGCUCGUUUUAAGAUAUCCUAUUUUUUAGCAUGUUAAGAAAAUGAAUAUAUAAUAUUUUUUUAUCGCGUCGCGACGCGCGCAAUUUGUUUCACCACGGCAGAACUGGAGGAUUUAUGAUAUAUAUACAUUUAUAUAUCACAGAAAUAGUUGGUUACUGCAUUAACAGGGUUGCACUGCAAAACAAUACCAGAUUUUAACACACGUUGCAUGGAUUCUUUUUGUUGGGAUCUAGUCUAAUAUAUUGCACGCCUUGAUUACAAUUUUAUAGAAAUUGACCAGAAAAUGAUCUUGAAUUUUUACCAUUUUACAUUUUAAUUAUUUCCUCACGAAACAUUUGUAGUAGAAUUUUAAUGAUUAUUUGGAAACUUUGCAAUAUAAUUAUUGCAACUGUUAGCCGAUAUCAGGGAUGUAAUUGCCUUCGGAAUAAUCGGGAUAUGAAAAUGUG